AUUACCUCAACGGGUGUAUGCAAGAUUUCUAAGAAGUAAUCAAACGGCAGUAAGAGAAACCACAUACAGUUAUUUUGAUGUUUGCUAACUCUACGUAACGCUCGGUGUUCGGUGUUGGCGCUUCAGAUGUCUGUUGUCAGCAGAAAACACUGAAGGUAGCUGCAGACUGCACCAUAUUCACACCACUGACAUGAGUUCUGCCUGCUAGAUUGUGUUCAUGCGGAAUUUACUCGAACACUUGAUGAUUGCAAUAGGUUGUGAGCUGUCAGUAACUUGCCCAGACUUUAGGGAACAUGGGCACCUACAGUGAAACCACCACGGACCUAGAUGAGGACUUCCCUGUGUUCGACUUCCUCCAAACCUCCCCAAAGCACGCAGACAAACCAGACAUAGCUGACAUGGAUGACUCUGAUGCAGAAGUCAUAGCCAUCUCCUCCCCAAGGAAGACAGAUGCAGGUGCAUGCAGGGGAAAGGUCGAUGUAAUGAUGAUCACCAGCGAUUCUGAUGAUGAUGAUGCACCUUAUGUCCCUUUGGCACAGAGACUCAAACAGAGAUCUGGGACUGUGAUUAGUGCCUCCUCUGCUGCCAUUAAUGGGAAAGAUGCUGAACACUAUUCACCACCCAGCUCACAGCUCUUUAGGCAGAAUGGAUUUUCCAAGUCAGAGCACCUGCCCAGCCUGCAUCAUGUGAGAACAGAGAGCUGUGUGGCCUUGGGUGCCACAGAGGAGCUGGAGGAUCUUCCUCAGCUGCGUCUGAAGCCUCUCUCCGGUCCAGGCAGCGGAGGCGCCUCUCCUGCCAAGAAGAAAUUUGCUGAGCCGAUGGUGGAAGAGAUCCAGGCCUCUCGGGAGGAGGCUCUGAGGAGGAAGCAGGCCAGGAAAAGACAACAGCCGGACAAGGAGGCGCUCAGGCAGGAACAAGAGAAGCAGAAAGCAGAGAGGAAUGCUGCCAAGGCCCUGAGACCAGAGGAGUGUAUCAAACACAUGGUGGUGUGUGUUGACCCAGCUAUCUUACAACUGGAAGGAGGUGGGGCUCUGUUGGCGUCCGUGCAGGCUCUGGGAUGUAGCUGUGCCAUCGAGAAACAACCACUCGCACACAGUGUCAGCUGGAUGAGAAGAGCUCCCUGUGCACAGCCAGGUGAAGCAGAAUGUGUACCCGAGGCUCAUGUCGUAAUACAGAUGACAGCGGAUGACUUCGUCAGUCUGAUUCACAGCUACGUUCAGGAAGAGAGGCAUGGCAGCUCACACCAUGGUCUCACAUUGACGUCCUGGGUCCAGGACCAGCAGAGGCGUAACCCUGGCAAGACCCUCAGCCUGGUGGUCAUUGAGCUGGAAAAAUUCUUCAGAUCACAGAAGUCACAAAACCAGAAGAGGUUUCGAGAGGCUGUCAUGUGUGAGGAAACCAGGGGAGGAAAAGUGAAGAGGAAAAGGAAGAAUGAUGGAGCUGAAGUGUCAUCUGAGGUGUCCCGAGUUGAAGUAGAGGAGGUAAGCUAGUUAGUUGGUUGGGGCAGAAGAAAAAUAAAAGAGGUUUAAGAUGACAUUUAUUUACCCAUUACUGAAAUUGUAUUUAAUAGGAUCAA